GUAGAACAAUAGAACAAUCUCAUUCUCAUGUGUGAGAGAGCACCGGCGACGGAACUGCGUUUCUCUUAGUGUGGUGGAUUCAUCAAUCAUCAGGUUUUAGCUUUUAAUUGAUAAUGGGGAGGAGCUAUAGUUACAGUCCUUCACCACCAAGGAGUUAUGGUAGAAGGUACAGAAGCCCGAGUCCAGUGGGCUACUACAGAGGAAGAAGUAGAGAUCCCCCAACCAGUCUACUGGUUCGCAGUCUCCGGCACGACUGUAGGCAAAACGAUCUUCGCAGACCAUUUGGGCGGUUUGGUCGUCUCAAGGAUGUCUAUAUACCUCGUAAUUAUUACACUGGGGAGCCUCGUGGCUUCGGCUUUGUGCAGUACUAUGAUCCUGCUGAUGCUGCAGAUGCAAAGUAUCAUUUAGAUGGCUAUGUUCUCCUUGGACGUGAAAUUACUGUUGUAUUCGCAGAGGAGAACAGAAAGAAGCCCUCUGAAAUGAGAGAACGAUCAAGGGCAGAACAUCUACAAGAUCUCCUGGCUAUUCACGUUCACCUAAACACAGAAGAAGCUAUUCGCGUUCACCAAACUACAGAAGAAGCUUCACGCGUUCACCAUAUGAUGAUAGGCGCCAUUCAAGAUCGGUUUCCCGGGGGGAUAGGGAGGGAUCAUACUCAAGGUCAAGCUCAAGGUCUCGGUAUCAAUCAAGAAGCAGAAGCCCGAGUCCCGGAUACUGAAGGUGACUUGCUAUGACCUAAGCAGGUGAUGAUGAAGAUUGGGUCUGGUGUUGGUGUUACACUGUGGGAUUUAGUAAUACGUGAGUAAAUAAGCAUUUGUGAUUUAGUACUCUUUGAGACUGUUGUGGAAGAACAAUAAAUCAUGGUUGGAGUAGAGGAGAAACCAUGUGUGUUGUUUGGUUUCAUUUCCUUAGCACGUUAUGGUAGCUUUUGUAUCUAAACGGUUGACAUCUAUGCUAGUGAUUAUUAUAUCCUGUUUUUACCGGAAUGAAAUAGCGGCAUAGCGCUUUACUGA